ACCCAGACUCCUCCCGCCCCAUGGACGAAAAGGAGCGGCUUUCCGCCUCUCCGCUCGUCGUCUCCCGGCUGGUAGCGCUGAAGGAUGCUCAUCCUCUCCCGCGCCUUCCCUUAUUUCCGGCACUACUACCUUCCCCGUCCUGCUCUCCUCUGCGCCUCCCGGAGCCUCCCGUUUUCUGCCGCCGACGGUAAACCUCUCGACGCCCCCGACAUCGCCGCCGUAUCCAGGAUCGUGGCAGAGGGUAAGUGGGAAGACCCCCGCCUCUCUGGAAUCAUCUCCUCCGCCUCGGCCCCCCUCAGCGUCUGCGGAGUUCUGCGGGAGCUGCGAGAGGACCCAAGGUCGGCCUUUCGGUUCUAUCUUUGGGCAGGGAAGCAGAGUGGCUUCCAGCAUACAGUGGAAUCCCGGUGCGUUGUUGCCCAUAUACUCUUCAGGUGCCGGUGGUACUCCGAGGCGCAACAAGUCCUCAAAGAUCUCGCCUUGUUGACCCGGAAGUUGCCUGCGUCGGAGAGCAUCGUAGAUGUGCUACGGGCGACUGCGAGAUUCGUUGGGAAACCUGGAUAUGGUGUAUUUGACGCACUCUUUGGAGUUCUCACUGACUUGGGCAUGCUCGAGGAGGCCAAUGAUUGCUUCAUUAGGAUGAGAAGUUUUAGGAUUCUGCCAAAGUUGCGAUCCUGCAAUCACUUGCUUGAGCGGCUUGUGAGAGCAGGCAAAAAGGAGUUGUCGAGGAAGUUUUUUGAUGAUAUAGACGGCUCAAAUAUGGCUCCUUCAGUGUUCACUUUCAAUAUUAUGAUCAACUACUUGUGCAAGGAGGGGGACUUGAAUGUAGCAAAGGCGUUAUUUCAGCGAAUGAAAGAGGUAGGUUGUUUGCCGGACGUGGUCACAUACAACUCGCUCAUCGAUGGCCAUGGUAAGUGGGGGGGACUGGAAGAAGCUGAACAACUUGUUUGUGAGAUGAGAGAAUCUGGCUGUGAGCCUGACUUGAUAACAUAUAAUGCUCUCAUUAACUGUUUUUGUAAGUUUGGUAAGCUACUGAAAGCUUUUGAGCUUCUUAGGGAGAUGAGGAAGAAAGGUAUCAUGCCCAAUGUGGUCACAUUCAGCACUUUUAUUGAUGCUUUCUGCAAGGAGGGUAUGAUGCAAGAGGCACACAAGUUUUUUAUUGAUAUGAGAGUGAGAGGAAUACAGCCUAAUGAAUUCACUUACACUUCUCUAAUUGAUGGGAACUGCAAGGCUGGGAAUCUCAAGGAAGCCCGUAUGUUGGUUGAGGAGAUGGCGAGUGAAUCAGUGGAGUUAAAUAUUGUAACAUACACAGCUCUAGUGGAUGGACUGUGUAAAGAGGGGAAGGUUGUUGAAGCAGAAGAGGUUUUCCGAGCUAUGGUUGGAAUAGGUGUUGUUCCCAAUAAACUUAUGUACACUGCUCUUGUUCAUGGGCAUUUCAGGAAUAAGAACAGGGAGAGAGCAAUGGAUUUGCUGACUGAGAUGAGAGAGAGAGAGAUCAAACCUGAUAUCUCACUGUAUGGUACCAUUAUUUGGGGUCUUUGUGAUGAUGGAAAAAUUGAGGAAGCUAAGCUUUUGCUUAACAGCAUGGAUGAUUCUGGCUUACAGCCAAAUCAUGUUAUUUACACAACUAUAAUGAAUGCUUGCUUCAGGUCAGGUAAGGCCUCAGAGGCCCUUGACGUGCUUCACAAAAUGCAUGAUUCUGGUAUACUACCCAGCAUAGUUACAUAUUGCACAUUAAUUGAUGGUUUAUGUAAAGAAAGAUCAGUUACUGAAGCAAGGUACCAUUUUGAAAGAAUGAAACUGUCAGGCUUGCAACCUAAUAUUUUGGCUUACACUGCACUUAUUGAUGGCCUUUGCAAAAAUGGUUUCUUAGAAGAAGCCGCCCAACUCUUUGAAGAAAUGGUGGCGAAUGGCAUAUCUCCAGACAAGAUCACUUACACAUCUCUAAUGGAUGGGUAUUUUAAGAAGGGAAAUUAUCAAGAAGCCUUCAUUGUCAAAAACAAAAUGCUAGAUAGCGGUCUUGAGCUUGACCUUCAUGCUUAUACGUCUCUUAUAUGGGGGUAUUGUGACAAUGGUCAAAUGGAGGAAGCAAGAAGCACACUAACGGAGAUGAUAAAUAAUAAUAUUCUUCCUGAUGAAGUGGUUUAUAAUUGUCUUAUAAACAAGUACCAUAAGUUGGGAAACAUGAAUGAGGUUGAGGAUCUGCGAAAUGAUAUGAGGAGAAAGGGUAUCAUUCCUAGCAGAAGAGGCGAUGCUAUCUCUAAUGACAAAGGGUGAUAGCUGUGCUUGGGUUAUCACAACUGUCAUUAACAUCUUGAUGAUCUGUGUUCAUGAUGAUUUUUUCGUUCACAGAGUCUAAUCUUCAGAGCUGCCACAGUUUGUUUGGCGGUUGCAGUUUAAUGAAUGUAAUUGAAUAAGAUUGCGGUCUACAACCCUUGGGUUAUGGAACUACAAAUGACUGGUGGCGCUGGCUUCCACAAUGUAAGGUUAAAUGCAAAUGGUUUCUCUCAUAUCCUCCAUCCUGAAAUAUAGAGAACGGAGUCUCUCAUAUGUUGCUUCAAAUUUUUUUACAGGCGAGUGCUUGUGAUAUUCUGGUUGACUAUCCUAGAGACACCUGAUCUGCAAACUCAGAUAUAAAGCAAUGGAUUAUGCAUUAUUUCAGUGGUGUGAGUAAAAUCAGAUUUGAACAAUAGUCAAUCUUAUUGGGAUCUAAUGUUAUGAAUCACAUAUGUCGGCAUUCUGCUUAUGGGAAGAGAUGCUAAAGUAUGCCUGCAUAAUCAGGCAAAAAGUUGGAACUCAGACUGAAUGACAAUGGUAUGUUUUUAGUGCAAUCAAUAACUCUCUCCUCUCAUUAGUGUUAUCCUGGACAUGGUCUAGAUGUUGUCGCGAUAUAUGGUACCAUUUGGAAGCAAUCAACAUUUACUCAUAUUUGAUUCAUUCAUGACUGCAGCACAAUUGUUAAUGAUAUCACUGUCAGCGAGAACACCUGUUUGAACUUCAACAUUAGUGUUUUUUGGUGCGGUUGUCAUGAUAUACAUAUUGCAUUAUUAGGAACAAAUGAAACAUUUCUCCAGUUUGAUUCAUUCAUUACAGAAACACAAUGGUGACAAUUUUAGUGCCCUUGAUGACUAUAUCCUCAUAGUUGAUCUGGGAACACCUGUUUGGAUUUCUUUGCUAGAGUUUUUCCACACAGCCAUACUCUAGAAGUUGUCAUGGCAUACAUAUGGUUUCAUUUUGAAGCAAUGAACUUUACCCAAGUUUUAUUCAUUCGUGAUGGAAAUAGAACAGUAGAUGAUUUCAGCGCACUUGCUGACUUCCUCCUCUCUUAAUUAACCAAGAACUUGUUCCAACUUUGUUAUUAGCAUUUGUCGGGACAUGCUUCAGUCGUCGUGAUAUAUUAUACAGUAUGCUUUUAAAAUUUGCUCGCAUUUGGUUCAUUCAUGGCAGAGACAUAGGUGAAUGAUUUUAGUGGACUGGAUUACUUCCAUAAUCAACCAAAAACUUGUUCAGCCUUUGACAUUAUCAUUUUUCGGAAGAUGCUAUAUUUGGAUGCAAUGAAUGUUCACUAAAGUUUGAUUCAUUCAUGAUGCAUUUUGCUUGAAUGCAUAAUGAGGUCUCUUCUCUAGUUGAUGGAAAAAGGUUCCAUGGUUGAUCAAAUUCUGAAGUUCUCAUCAACAAUGGCCUGGAGUAUUAAUAAGCGAGCUAGAUGUGGAGAUCUUCUUACUAAAGGUCACAGCUUUGUUGCUCUCUCUUAUCUACUGAAAUGUCGAGUCACCUAGCAAUCAAAUGGGCAGAUCAUCAUUGUGAACCAUGUUCUCUUUAUAUUACCCAAAAGAUGCGAGUUGUGCUGCUAAAUUUUUGUAUUGAUUCAUUCAAUGACAAGUCCAUUUUACCCUUUCGGAGAAAAUAAUUUACAUGUUUAGGAAAAUUUGUUUUUUUUUGUUUGGAUUUUUAUGGCUCUGUAAAGUGACUAAUAUCUUAAAUACUUUUCAGCAAGAGAUGACUUUCAAAUGACUCUUAA